CGAACCUGUUUCCAAGCCGCAUUUUCUCGACAACGUCGAGCUAGAGUCGGGAACGACGGGCAAGAAGUUGAAGCUGCACAAUUCCACGCUUUUUCAAAUUGCCUACAACACGGAUUCCAGCACUCUGAAAACUCCCGUUGACGUGAUCGAGGUGGCGAUUAAACAUCCA